GUCUCCAGCCUCCCACGUCCCCUCUCUGAGCCUCCAUUCCCUCCCAAGUGCAAAAAGGGGCCGGAGAGUGACCUACACGGUUUCCAGCUGAGCUGCUGCGGGGCUGUCCCUAAGCUGGACUCUCCAAUGACGGAGGGGUGUCCCCCUCAUUUUGCUGACUUGGACCCCUGCCCGAGAGUCUUCCCUGAGCUUCAGACCCUCACUGAGAAGAAAAUGCACCCCCUCCUGAGGUCGGAGUGCCCCUCCCCUCACCCACCACCAGGUCCUCACCCAACUCUGCCAGGGUUUUCACCUGCAUCCCUGGUUGGAGGGGCAUCACCUCCCUAACCAGCCCUUCACACUCCACACUAUGGGGGGGGGUCACCUGGGAAACUGAGAAACCCCCCUCAGACACCACUGUGACCGCGCCUGCAGCUUGCACAGUAGGUCUCGGUGAUAAGUUCCGGCUCUGCUGCCUCCUCCCACCCCUAGUAGCUUCUAGCCCAGGAGACCUAGCCAGGCCGGGCCGCAGCCAAGGGAACUGGGUCCCGGGGUCCAGGGACUGGGGCUGGGAGCCCCUGCCUGAGAACCCCAGCUUUUGUCCUCCCCAGGUGGCCGUCUGUUGGAGAGAUGGCUGAUGCCCAGAACACGUCCCUAGACAGCCCAGGGAACGUGGGGGCCGUGGCGGUGCCCGUGGUCUUCGCCCUCAUCUUCCUGCUGGGCACAGUGGGCAACGGGCUGGUGCUGGCGGUGAUGCUGCGGCCCGGGCCGAGCGCCUGGCGGGAGGCGGGCAGCACAACGGAUCUGUUCAUUCUCAACCUGGCCGUGGCCGACCUCUGCUUCAUCCUGUGCUGCGUGCCGUUCCAGGCCGCCAUCUACACGCUGGACGCCUGGCUCUUCGGGGCCCUCGUCUGCAAGGCCGUGCACCUGCUCAUCUAUCUCACCAUGUACGCCAGCAGCUUCACGCUGGCCGCCGUCUCAGUGGACAGGUACCUGGCUGUGCGGCACCCACUGCGCUCGCGGGCCUUGCGCACCCCGCGCAACGCCCGCGCCGCCGUGGGCCUGGUCUGGCUGCUGGCGGCGCUCUUCUCGGCGCCGUACCUCAGCUACUACGGCACGGUGCGCUACGGCGCGCUCGAGCUCUGCGUGCCCGCCUGGGAGGACGCGCGCCGGCGCGCCCUGGACGUGGCCACCUUCGCCGUGGGCUACCUGCUACCGGUGGCCGUGGUGAGCCUGGCCUACGCGCGCACGCUGCGCUUCCUGUGGGCGGCCGUGGGCCCCGCGGGCGUGGCGGCGGCCGAGGCCAGGCGCAGGGCCACGGGGCGCGCGGGGCGCGCCAUGCUGGUGGUGGCGGCGCUCUACGCGCUCUGCUGGGGUCCGCACCACGCGCUCAUCCUGUGCUUCUGGUACGGCCGCUUCGCCUUCAGCCCGGCCACCUACGCCUGUCGCCUGGCCUCGCACUGCCUUGCCUACGCCAACUCCUGCCUCAACCCUCUGGUCUACGCGCUCGCCUCGCGCCACUUCCGUGCGCGUCUCCGCCGCCUGUGGCCCUCUGGCCGCGGCCGCCGCCACCGCGCCUGCUGCCCCUUGGGUGCCCGCCGCACCGCCCGUCGCAUUCGCCCGGAGUCCUCGGGUCCUGUUGGCCGUCCCGGGGACGCUGGGCCUCGAGGGAGGCUGCCGGCGGGUGGCGGCUGGGGCGGAGAGCCCGGGGAGGAGGCUGCUGGUGGCAGAGAGUCUGGACCGACCCCGUCUGCCGGAGCACCGAAAUAA